CCUCUCGUUGGUCACUUGCCCUUGAUGGCUAAGUACGGCCCCGACGUUUUCUCCCUCCUCGCCAAGCACUAUGGCCCUAUCUUCAGAUUUCAGAUGGGGAGGCAGCCGCUGAUAAUAGUGGCAGAUGCAGAGUUAUGCAGAGAAGUGGGAGUAAAGAAGUUCAAAGACAUUCCAAACAGGAGCAUUCCUUCUCCAAUCUCAGCUUCUCCGCUCCAUCAGAAGGGUCUCUUCUUCACCAGGGACAAGAGAUGGACCACGAUGAGGAACGCGAUCCAGUCGCUCUACCAGCCAUCCCAUUUGGCCAGUCUCGUGCCCAUGAUGCACAGGUUCAUCAGCUCUGCAACCAAGAAUCUUGAUUCGGAUUCAGGAGAUGUGGUUUUCUCCAAUCUCUCCCUCAAACUCGCCACAGAUAUCAUCGGGCAAGCGGCUUUUGGCGUUAACUUCGGUCUCUCAGAGGGAAAACCCGUCAAAGAUUCAUCAGAUGGCGGCGACGAUGAGGUUACAGAUUUCAUAAACCAGCACGUGUACUCCACGACACAGCUCAAGAUGGAUCUGUCUGGAUCGUUUUCUAUAGUGUUGGGGUUACUGGUACCGAUUCUUCAGGAGCCUUUCAGACAGAUUCUGAAGAGGAUUCCAGGAACAAUGGACUGGCGAGUCGAGAGAACUAACAGGAGAUUGAGUGGAAGACUCGAUGAGAUCGUUGCCAAAAGGGCGAAAGAGAAAGAGAGAGAUUCAAAGGACGUUUUGUCUCUGAUACUGAAAGCGAGAGAAUCCAAGACAGUUGCCAAGAAUGUCUUCACGCCAGAUUAUAUCAGCGGAGUGACAUAUGAGCAUCUUCUUGCCGGUUCUUCAACGACAGCUUUCACCUUGUCUUCGGUUUUGUACUUAGUUUCAGGUCAUCAAGAGGUGGAGAAACGUCUGGUUCAGGAGAUCGAUGGGUUUGGGCCCCGGGAUCAGAUCCCGACCGCCUAUGACUUGCAACACAAGUUUCCCUAUCUCGAUCAGGUGGCGGAUCCAUUUCAACCCGAGAAUUUCGGCUUUCUCAGAUUGUUGAUGGGUGUUUUUCUAUGCUUUCAGGUCAUCAAGGAGGCUAUGAGAUUCUACAUGGUCUCUCCCUUGGUUGCUAGGGAAACCUCAAAAGAGGUGGAGAUUGGAGGUUACUUGCUACCCAAGGGAACAUGGGUAUGGUUAGCGCUUGGUGUUCUUGCAAAAGACCUUAUGAACUUUCCGGAACCAGAGAAGUUCCGGCCGGAGAGAUUCGAUCCGAACGCGGAAGAGGAGAAACGACGACAUCCUUAUGCCUUCAUCCCCUUCGGUCUCGGCCCGAGGGCCUGCAUCGGCCAGAGAUUUGCCCUGCAAGAGAUCAAACUCGCGUUGGUGCAUUUGUACAGGAACUAUGUUUUCAGACAUUCUCCGGAUAUGGAGAAGCCUCUGCAGCUUGACUAUGGUGUGAUCCUCAGUUUCAAGAACGACGUCAAGCUUAGAGCAGUAAAGAGAUUUUGAUUCUUGUAACAUAUGCUAAAUUCUCCGAUGAUGUACACUGAGUUUAAGGCUGCGGCUAAAGAAGAUGAAAUAAGAGCAAAACUAUAUA